AUGAAUCCAUUAACGAAUGUAAAGAACUUAAACAAAAUUAACCAGCGCGAAUUAGAACUGGGUGUUAUUGGUAAGAAGUCCUGGCAUGAUGAGUAUAAAGACAGUGCUUGGAUAUUUAUUGGUGGAUUACCCUAUGAUUUAACAGAAGGGGAUGUCAUUUGUGUAUUUUCACAAUAUGGAGAAUUAGUGAAUAUUAACAUGGUCAGAGAUAAACAAACUGGUAAAACUAAAGGUUUUGCCUUCCUCUGUUAUGAAGAUCAACGGUCUACUGUUUUAGCAGUGGAUAACCUCAAUGGCUUUAAGUUAUGUGGAAGAACACUAAGAGUGGAUCAUGUCCAAGAGUAUAAACUACCUAAAGAACUACAAGAAGCUGAUGAGGUGACUAAAAGAGUACGAGCUGAAGGUAUUGCUCCUAAAACACCCAGCCCAGAACCAAGCUCUGAAGAGGAAGAGGAAGAUUUUGUUGUUCACGUGAAGAAGAUUAAGAAAGGUAUUGUUGUUUUCUUCUUCUAA